AUGAUGAAGUCACAAAAACCAUUUGCUACUGAAUCUAUAGAAAUUCACGCGAAGUCACAGGAACAUGCCCGUCAAAUCGUACAGCAUGCCGACCCGAAAUAUCUCAAAUCAAUCGCCAUUUAUCAGCAGGAUCUCACCAGCAUUCAUGAGACUGUGGAGUUGGAAUCAUCGAAAAACAUUAAGAAUCUCUCUCAUUUUGCUACUGCUUCCAUUCAUUUUGAGAAUCUAAACGUGGAGACGAUUCGAGCAAUAAAAGAGCACUUUCUUCAAUUCCAUCAGCACGAUAAGCACUUGUACGUGUCCAAUAAUGUCGUCGAGAACAUGUUCAUAGACGCUUUUGGAGGAGCUUUUGAGCAGCCUGGAGAGUUGGAACAAAAUUGGUUUUUCAAUGUUCCUGGCAAUUAUGUAAAAGUCCUUAGGGUUGUGAACGGCUAUCGAAGUUUUGAGUUCCUGUUUGUAGGAAAAUGUGAGAUUCCAGAAAGUUAUGUGAUUCUCAAUUGA